AUGGCCAGCUGGGUGUUCUGUAAUCGCUGCUUCCAGCCGCCGCACCAGACGUCGUGCUUCAGCCUGACCAACUGCGGCCACGUGUACUGCGACGUCUGCCUGGACAAAGGUAGAAAGGGCGAGUGCUUGAUUUGUAAAGUGCCUUGUCGCACACUUUUACUUUCAGAACACACGGAUGCGGAUAUCCGGGCGCUGUUCAUGGGUAUAGACGACCUGUGUAGGAAGUACUCAAAGGAGACCUUCCGGGUUUCAGAAUUUCAAGAAAAGCACAGAAGGAGACUGUUGGCCUUCUAUAGAGAAAAGAUCUCAAAGCUGGAAGAGUCCCUUCGGAAGUCAGUGCUGCGGUUGGAACAGCUGCAGGGUGUGAGAUUGUCACAGCAGACAGCUUUCAGCACAAUAAAAACUCCAGUUUCGACUCCUUCGGCACGGCCAGGCGGACACCUCCGGCCCCCUGACUCGUCAGCCUCCAACAGGGUGGAGUCCAUGCAGGUCGACCUCACUCCUUCCCCAGCGAGAAAACCUGAGGUCACGGCUGGCCCGGCAAGAAUCUCUCUGAUCAGCCCGCCUCAUGAUGGACGCAUGGGCAGCGUCGCCCGCCACGGCCCUCAGCCCCUCGGCCCGACGCCAAGUCACAGGGAGCUGCCCCAGGCCCUCAGGGUCCCACCGCUGCCUGUCCCCGGCAAGGGGCUGUCCCAGGUGCCCGCGCCCCAGGCCCCAGGCCGAGCAGGAAGAGGGGGCUCGCCCAGCCUGGGGGGCUCCCAGGCAGCGGCCCCCAGGCAGCCCAUCAGCAUCUCCGCACUGCUGCAGAGACAGCACGCAGGGUCUGCUGGCCUCGAGGGAGUCCCACACGGAAGGUGA